UGUGGAGAUAUCGAGAUACGAUAGCCAGGUUCAGGGCAAACAGGUGUCUGUCAGCUGGCCGAUUUCGGGAGGUUGUACAGUAGGUUAGGUACCUGUUUACAUAUUACCUGCAGGUACCCUAGCAGGGCUGCUACCCUGCAGACUUUCCCCAGACAUGUACGCUUUAUGCUGGACCGUUAAGUGGAAAUAACCGCUCUGCUAUUUCCAUUUGCUUGAUUGGUUUUAACGGCCGGAAGGUUGAGUUGGCUUCGCCCCAGCAGCCCAGCACCUGCCCAGCCGAAGGGCCUCGUUUCAGCCAGUGUGGACCAUCGAGUUGUCAGGUUGUUCGUUGAUGACGACUACUCCACGCCUUCCAAUUUAUACCCAUAACCUUAUCCUACAAACGUUAGGGAUUAGGUACCUAACCUCUUCAUUGACAUCAAUUUAACUGUCUUACAAUACAUCACCAGUCCCAUAUACCACAUUUCUAGACUCGAUGAUGCCUAUACCGUUCUGCCAGUUAACACUUAUUCAUUAACUACCCGCCAUUGAUCUAGUUUUAAAAUAGUGAUCCGUCAAUCUCAUCCCAGCCGUCAUCAUGUCGGAAGAAGAAUCAUCGCCUUUGCUCUCGGCAGCGGCGAAAGGAAAAUCCAAGUCCCGCGAACGGGAAGAUUCCGGCGAGUCGACGCCGCUGCUCUCGAAUUCGUCGACAACGCCCCGUUACGAUGGAGAAGAAGACGAGCAUCAUGUAGAUAGUGAUGAUUCGAGUCCAGCUCACCCCACCGAUGCGUCCUCCGCUUCCAGUUCGACUAAGAAGUCUAGGAGAUGGGCGUCAUUUAUCGCCAUGUUCAUACUGGCAGCGCUCAUUGUCGUCAUCAUUGUCCUCGCCUUCCUCGUUCCCCAAGCUAUUCAAGAGUAUGCUCAACAAGCCGCCGUUAUUGAGCCUACCAACCUCUCCCUCGAAUCCAUUACGACGGACGGCGUUCGAGCUCGGAUACAAGCCAACUUCCAUCUAGAUGGGUCGAGAGUUAGUAGCAAUCAUGUACGAAGAGUAGGAAGAGCAGUUACAUGGGUGGCGGCUCAGCUUGAAAGUGAGCAGACGAAGGUCGAUGUGCGCAUUCCUAAAUAUGACAACGUAUUACUCGGAAGCGCAAUCGUCCCGCCUCUAUUGAUCAAUUUGCGGGAUGGCGACGUAACACAGUUUGACAUCGUUGCGGAUAUACUGCCGGGCGAUCCAGAAGGCAUUCGCAUAAUUGCGAACGAAUGGUUCGAAGGCAGAUUGGACGAACUGCGUCUAAAUGGACAGGCUGAUCUCAGUCUCAAAUCUGGGAUCGUCCCUCUAGGGACGCACGCCAUCUCGGAAUCGAUUGUAUUUGAAGCCAACAAGGUCCCUGCGAUACCAAAAUAUAACAUUACUCGUUUUCAAGUCGAUGACGGCCCGAUGAAAGGGACGAUGCUAGCGGACGUAGCACUGACGGCGUUCAACGAGUAUCCAGUCGAACUUAAUAUUCCCGAGCUUGCGUUUGAUAUUUUAGUACCCGGCUGCGUUAGUUCAGAUCCCUUCAUCAUAGUAGCGGAAGCGGCUACGAGCGAGGUUCACGUCGAACCACGCUCUGAUGUCGGGGUCGAUGUUAAAGGGGUUAUUCGCGAAUUACCUGACUCUUUGACUCACGUUUGCCCGGAUUCUACUUCUUCACCUUUAGAUAAUAUCCUUCGACAAUAUAUGCAUGGCGAUCCCGCUACACUUUUCGUCCGUGGGAGUCGUCAUCCUGAUGGCGACACGCCGAAGUGGGUUGCAGACAUACUAUCUAGCGUAACAGUACCUGUACCAUUUCCCGGACGUACGUUAGACGGUCUACUUAGGAACUUCUCCUUGACUGACGUCGAUUUUGCUCUACCUGCUCCCGACGCCCCAGACUCCAACCCAACAGUUUCGGGAACUAUUUUAGUUACAGCAAGCAUUCCUUCCGAAAUGAACUUUGGUAUAGACGUGACAAACGUCCGCGCUACUGCGGACGUGCUUUACAAGUCGAAUAAAAUGGGAGAACUAAACCUCCGAGAAUGGCAACACGCUAAUUCUACUAGAGUUGAAGGCGAGGGAGACGAGGGGCCUAUGCUCAAAAUUCAGUCCCGCGUUAUCGACGCGCCCCUCAAUAUCACCGACGGUGCCGUCUUCGCCGAAGUUGUCAGUGCCUUGUUGUUUGGCAUCAAACCUGUCCUUCUACAUGUUGACGCCCUAGUCGACAUCAAAGUGCAAACCACAUUAGGAAACCUUACUGUGAAGGAGGUUCCUGCGGAGGGCAAAAUUCCAGUAAAACCCCUUCCCAGGGGUGCUGUUGGCAGUAUCGAACCAAAGGUCGGAUCUCUUAGGGUUUUGGACACAACAUCGGACUCGAUAACGCUUCAAGCCUUAGUCAAUGUAACUAACCCGACACUCUAUACGGCUUAUAUACCAUAUGCGAACAUCCACGUCUUGAGCAAUGGUUCGAUCAUCGGGAGUGCUACAGUAGAGGACCUUAAUAUCGCCAAAGGUCCAAACUCCAACAUACUUGUCACCGCAAAAUGGAAUCCACCAAUGGGCGGCGCCCACGGUCGAAAAGUUGGGCGGGAACUAAUAUCACAGUACCUGUCGGGCUGGAACACGAGCAUCACCGUAAAGCCACAUCGAAAUAGCAUUCCAGGCCAACCCAUCAUCUGCGAAGCCUUAUCGAAAUUUAAUAUGACCCUCGCCGCUCCCAAGCUGAGUUUGCCCGGAGAUACUCCUGAAGAGAAGACUCACUUCAUUAGAGAUGCUACUUUCCACGUAUUUUCGUCCACUGCCACAUUUACUCUUGUAUCACCAUUGCAUUACAACACAUUAUAUAUAGAUUUCGUCAACGCUACCGCGUUAUACAAUCAUACCGAGCCGGUAGGACAGAUCGUCUACGACUUGCCGUUCUCAGCACCACCUGGAAAGUCGGAAACGCCAAAACUACCAGUAACGUGGUCCCUAGACUCGGUUGGCUACGAUGCUGUGAAGAAAGCGAUAGGCGGAAAGCUCAAGCUGGAUGCACAUGCCAACGUAGAUGUGCGACUGGGGAACUGGAAGGAAUCAUUGUGGUACCAAGGCAAGGGGAUUGGUGCGAGUGUACAGAUUUGAUGCUUUGACAGAUUGCGGUUUGGCGUUAUUGAGGAGUUAGGGAGGUUUAGAGAUACACUCAAACAGGGACGGCGAAUCGGUUACUUGACUAUCAAGAUACAAGAUGAGAAUGAUAGACUAGAUACAUAUUAUGUUACUGUGUUGGUAAUUUGCUGUCUGGCUUGAGGUUCGGAAUAACCAACAUGAUAUCAAUAAACGAGGUAUAAUAA